CAGCAGCAGCAGCAGCAGAAGCAGCACCAGGGCAGAUGGCGGACGGCAGGCAGGAAGCAGACGAGCUGUUUGACAGGAUUCUGUUGGCGGAUGAGAGGUUCCGUGGUGAAGGUUAUCAGGAGGGCUUUGAGAGGGGAACGGCCAGGGGUCUGCAGAACGGCCGUAGACACGGCACCUCCCAUGGAGCCAAGCUGUCCUCAGAGAUCUCCUUCUAUCAUGGAUUUGCUGUCACUUGGAGGAGUCUGCUGCAGGGUAACGCUGACGACAGGUCCAGGAAGCGUCUGAAGGCGCUAGAAGCUCUGCUGAAUUUGAUCCAAAGGUCUCCUCUGGAGGAUCCGCAGUCCGUUAAGCUUCAGGAGGACAUGGAGAAGCUGAGAGCCAAGUUUAGACAGGUCUGUUCGAUGCUAAACGUCUCCACUGACUUCAAAGAAUACAUCAAGACAGCUGAAGGGACUUCGUUCUGAUUGUUCCAGGGGGGCCAGGCGGGGGCUGCCCUCACAGACGGGUCGCUCUGCAGGAUGUUUAGGGCCGUAAAGCCAGAGGGCGUGGCCUAAUGGCUCCGCCCUAACUGCUGUGGAAACCUUUGGGUUUGUGCUGAUCCAGGCUCUGCCUGAUGAAGAAGCACCUGAGAAGCUGAGGCUGUACUGGAGUGAUUGAUGGGUUGGGGUGGGGGGGGGG